GAGUGGCUGUUUCUUGGCGGUGCACCAGCUUUUGGCGUCCCCCGAAAGAGGAGGAGAAGGAGCUGCUGCCGCCAAUGGGGUCCGUCGGGGCGCCGUUCCCAAGGGCAUCCGUUCCGCUUUGCUGAAUGUCUCUGCCGCCGGAUGCGGAGGUGGUGAGGCUGCGGUCGCCCUCAUGGCUGCGCUGAGAAGGUGAACUGCAUAAUGGCUGAGAAUUCAUCUGUAGGUAGGGUGGGCAUCACCCCUGUCCAGCAGAUGUUGGCAUCUGGGACUGGAGCCCUCUUCACCUCUCUUUUUGUCACACCAUUAGAUGUGGUGAAGAUUCGACUACAGGCUCAAAGAACACCAUUCUCUAAAGUGUUGUCAGUAAAGUCAAUACCUUGGAGCAUUCACCAACCCAAAUGGAAAUGCUUUCUUUACUGCAAUGGCUUGAUGGAUCACCUAUAUGUCUGCCAGAAUGGCAAUGGCUGCACUGCCUGGUAUAAGAGCCCUACUCGCUUCACAGGCACCUUGGAUGCUUUUGUGAAGAUAAUACGCUACGAGGGCAUUCGAUCUUUAUGGAGUGGCCUGCCACCCACUUUAGUGAUGGCUGUUCCUGCCACUGUGAUCUACUUCACUAGUUAUGAUCAACUACGUGAUUUCUUGCGUGCUAAGUUGGAUAGCCAAGGGCGCUACAUCCCACUAGUGGCUGGAGCUGUCGCUCGAUUGGGUGCAGUAACUGUUAUCAGCCCCUUGGAACUCAUCCGAACGAAGAUGCAGUCCCGCCAGCUGAGCUAUCAUGAGCUACGUGUCUGCAUCCAAUCUGCUGUGGCCCAGGAUGGAUGGCUGUCCCUCUGGAGGGGAUGGGGACCUACAGUGUUGCGCGAUGUUCCCUUCUCAGCUUUGUACUGGUAUAACUAUGAGCUGGUAAAAGAUUGGCUCUAUAGCCAAUUCCAUCUUGACAAGGCCACCCUCAUGGUCAGCUUUGUGGCUGGUGCCAUUUCGGGGACGGUGGCUGCUAUCCUGACAUUGCCCUUUGAUGUUGUGAAGACCCAGCGGCAAAUUGAGCUGGGGGACAUGGAAACCCUUCAAGUUAGCACUCCGAAAUCCUCGUCUACGUGGCUGCUUAUGCAGAAAAUUCGGGCAGAAUGUGGCACUCGAGGACUCUUUGCAGGUUUCCUGCCUCGUGUCAUCAAAGUGGCUCCAGCCUGUGCCAUUAUGAUCAGCACAUAUGAAUUUGGCAAGACUUUCUUCCAGAAAAUGAAUCAGGAGCGGCAACUCAGCAGCCUGUGAAGUCCUUGAAAAGAGCCUCAAUUGGCAUCCUCCAGAUGGACCAAAGCCAUGCUGAUGGCAGGAGUGUGCAGGUUUGAACAGAGACAAGGAGAGGAAACAAGAGCAUUUGAAUAUGAGGCACUAGAAAAGAAGGAUCCAGCACUGAAUUCUGUCAGUCAAGAAACAUUUUGCUCACUUUUCUUGUAGGAUAUCUCAUGAUGGACAAAUUCCGGGUGCCUUCUAGUUAGGUUUUGCUCUACCACCUUCCGCCUUCACCCUCAUCUUGGAACCACAGAAAAGUCUUGCUGUUGGGAUACUGCCGCUUUGGGGCCUAUUCUGUAUCUGUAGAGCUGGGGUUCCAGCCAGCAUCCUCCACCUUGCCCCCAAAACAAGAGAUUCAGCUGCCUGCAAGAUGCUUAACAGAAUGUGGCUCCCCCCACUAGCCAGCUGCAGAAGGAGGUGAAAGGGAAAAGAGAUAGAAGCAAACUAGCUUUGGCAUUCCAAAAUGAGAUCUUUCCGCUACAACAAAUUCUUCACACAUCUCCUCUUGCUGCCUUUUUGCGGGCGUCCAAAGAAUUUAAAAAAAUUGUAUACAGAGACAGACCUUUCCAUCCCUGCCUUAAUUUUAAAAUUGUCUGUUGGCCUGCAUGCCUGCUGUUCCCCCACAUGUGCAUGAUGGAUACUGCUGGAUCAAGUUGCAACCCUACACUGGACAUUUUUGGGACCCUGCACAGAAACACUGGUUUUGAAAGCUCAGGAUUCACCCAACCCUUCCCUCUAUGUCCCCAUGGACAGCCUGAACUGUGUAACUUUUCAUGCCUUAGCUGAUGGGUACCAUGGGGGAAUUUCAACUUUCUCUUCCACCCCCUUCCAGAACAUCUGCUAUAUGAAAGCAGGGACUGAUAUCUUAAGCAGACUGAAGUUUGGUUUAUUGCUAGAGACUUAUGUAGCAUUUUUUAGCACCUAGUACUCUUACCCCUUUCUGUGCUGUUAAAUUAUGUGCCUGUUGGUUAUGUUGUGGAAGCAGAAAUGCUGAACUCUUUUGUUUCUUAAAUAAAGUCUCUUUAAAAACAACAACAACAAUGAAAUCACCAACAGAGAAAACAGAGAAUAUUGGCUGUU